CAGGACAGGCGAGGCAGGGGCGGCCGAGUCCGGAGCGGACGCCGCCGGCUUCCGAGCUUUUCUGUCAGGGUUGGCCGGAGUGCGAAGGCGGCGGAGGCGGGAAGGCGUCCGUGGUUGAAGGAGCGGUGCUGUUCUAGCCGGGAGGAGGUCGGAGGGUGUGGGCCACGAUGGUGAUGGCGGCCAAAAAGGGUCCAGGCCCUGGUGGCGGGGUCGGCGGGGGAAAGGCGGAGGCGGAGGCAGCCUCGGAGGUGUGGUGCCGCCGGGUGCGGGAGCUGGGCGGCUGCAGCCAGGCCGGGAACCGCCACUGCUUCGAGUGUGCCCAGCGCGGGGUCACCUACGUGGACAUCACCGUGGGCAGCUUCGUCUGCACCACCUGCUCCGGCCUCCUGAGAGGCCUGAACCCGCCUCAUCGAGUCAAGUCCAUCUCCAUGACAACUUUCACGGAACCUGAGGUAGUGUUCCUGCAGUCUCGUGGAAAUGAGGUCUGCAGGAAGAUCUGGCUGGGUCUUUUUGAUGCUCGGACAUCUUUAAUACCAGAUUCCAGGGAUCCCCAGAAGGUGAAGGAGUUUCUCCAGGAAAAAUAUGAAAAGAAAAGAUGGUACGUCCCCCCGGACCAAGUCAAGGGGCCCGCUUAUACCAAAGGCAGCACCUCCACCCCUGUCCAGGGCUCCAUGCCAGAAGGGAAGCCCCAGAGGACACUUCUGGGGGAUCCCAUGCCAUCCGUCACAGAUGCUGCCGCCACCUCUAGCCAGUCUGCCGGCCAGUCUCAGGCUCGGACAGCCCAGGCCCGGAGCUCCCAGCCUCCUCUGCACUCCUCCGCCAAGAAAGCCAGCACGGACCUGCUGGCUGACAUCGGGGGAGACCCCUUUGCUGCUCCCCAGGUGACACCGUCUUUUGCUGCGUUCCCGGCCUUUGCGGGCCAGACACCUUCCCAUGGGGGCUUUGCCAACUUUGAUGCCUUCGGCAGCAAUCCCAGCUCUUCUGCCUUCGGAAGCCUCCCUCCCGCAGCCCAAGCCCCCUUCCAGGCCCAGCCGGGGCCCACAGCCAGUCGGAUGCUAACAGGAAGUUACAGCUUUGGUGACACAUCAAUAAAAGCCGGUGCUGGCUGGAGGGAGGGACAGACAUUUCCAUCCGGGAAGUGGAGCAGCCAGGUGACUCCGUUCGGUGCCGCUCCGCUUGCAGCUGCCAGUCAGCCCAGCAGCCUCGCAGAUAUGGGCAGCCUCUUGGGACCUGGGGUGUCCACUGGAGGCGUCCCUGGCAGCAUCUUCGGGAUGGCCAGCCAGGUCCCCGCGCUCCAGUCUGCAGUGCCUGGCGGCGGCAACACAGGACUUCCCUUUGGAGCAGCCUUCACCAAUCCUUUCGCCACCCCUGCGGCCCAGCCCCAGCUGCCUUCCACCAACCCGUUCCAGCCCAAUGGCCUGGCUCCAGGGUCUGGCUUUGGGAUGAGCAGUGCCGGGCCUGGCUUCGCUCAGCCAGUGCCACCCUCUGGGGCCUUUGCCAGCACCUUCCCCUCACCGCUGUUCCCCCCACAGACCUCGCUGACGCCGCAGCAGAAUGGUUCUUCCUUUGGGGACUUGGGGCCCACCAGGCUGGUGCAAAGGCCACUCAGCCAGCCGGCUGGGAUCUCUACCAAUCCCUUCAUGACUGGAUCCUCACCAAGCCCGUUUGCCUCCAAACCUCCAACUACAAACCCGUUCUUGUAGCACUGUGUGCAGGGGGAUCUCUUCCCCAUUUUCUGGGGACCCUCUGCUCCCUAAAGCCCUGGUCACCCCUUCCUUGCCUUAGGCAUUU